AUGAGCUUUUCUGGAGAAAGGAUUAGCAAUCAUAGCCGAAACUACCCACUGUAUUGGUGCUAUCAAUGUCAUCGAAUGGUUCGGAUUGCCUCUGGUAAUCCAUCAGAGAUUGUCUGCCCUCGAUGUUUUGGUCAGUUUCUCAGUGAAAUCGACUCAGGAGCACAGCCUAGAAACAUUCAUGAUUUCACAGCUUACGAUCCUUCCCCUGAGGCACGAUUGCUCGAAGCGUUGUCUUUAAUGUUUGAUCCUUCAAUCCGACUGCACCGUCCCAGAGAAAGUAUAUUUUGGGAUGAAAUGCUGCCCCUUCCGCAUCAGCAAAAUCGUGGACAAUAUGGUGGAAGAAUGCUUCAUCGAGAUCCAGCCGAAAGAGGACUACGCGGCAGGCUAUGGCCGAGAAGGCGAGCCGGGAUAUGGCUGGAAGAUGAGACUGACGACUGGGGACCUGAAAGUGGGAUUUUAGCCCGUCCACGAUCAUGGAUUAGCUUUAGACCUUCCGGGCCAAUCCCAUCUCGAAGAACCUUAACACCGGGCGGUGAAGAAGGUUUGAUCGCAAAUGGCGUGGAUCCAAGGGAUUACUUCACGGGUCCUGGACUUCCUGAACUGAUAGAGCAGCUUACUCAAAAUGAUCGUCCUGGACCUCCACCUCUGCCUGAUUCAAUCAUUGAUACUAUACCAACUGUUAGAUUAACGCCCUCUCAUUUGGAUAUUGAUCCGGAAUGCGCAGUUUGUAAAGAGAAAUUUGAGGUUGGUGAUGAAGCUCGGGAACUGCCUUGCAAACAUUGUUACCAUUCUGAUUGUAUUGUACCUUGGUUGAGGCUUCACAACUCUUGUCCAGUGUGCCGAAACGGGUUAUCAGUACCACAAGACAAUUGCAGUGUUACUGAUGCUCAUCAAUCACGGCAUGAUUCUUCUCCCGAAGGAAGAGGCAGACACCGGAGAUGCCCCCGGUUGAGGCGGCAGUUGGCAUCUCUUUGGCCCUUUCGAUCUUAUCAAAGUAGCUAG